UUUUUUUUAUACUCUUUGAGCAUGAUUCAUAGAUUACGGAUACUUUCUGUAUUUUCUUUUGACUAUUUCCCUUUCUGUGUGAAAAGCCAAUCAUUUAUCAUAUUACGGUAGCCAAAUCGCGAUCUAUAUGACGUCAUUUCGUAAAACUUUUGCUUAUUUAUCUAUAAACAAGAGCGAAAAGAAAACUAACUCUAUUAAUCUAAUUCUAAGAUCUUGAUAAUUUGUAAUAUUAUUACAAAUUAUCAAGAUCUAAACCAUUUCAAGAUCUCACCCGUUCUGCAAUUCAUCUACAAAAUGUGUCGAAAAAUGUUACAAUUUUUUUAUUUCUUCUGUGCCUAACGUCUCGAGUGCAAUGAAGCAGAAUCAUUCUCAAAUAAUCCCAUAGAUCCCCUGCGGUGUGAGAUUUAAAAGAUCCGUUUCCUAAAAUUGCACCACUCGCAGGCUCACGAAAAUUUUUAAUUAAAAUUAAAAUUUUUAAAAAAUUGUAACGAUGCAAAAAAUGAUGAAUUGUACAAGUACAGCGGCUGAAUUUUUAGGUGUGAGAUGGUGCGAUUUCGGCAACCCGUAAUAUCCAUCGAUUAAACCGGUAGUCUAAAUACAAAUGUUUGACGUCUUCAUCGCGUGGCCUUCGUUCGAUAUUCGGCCAUCGAGUGUUUAAUAUUCUCCAACGACAACGAUAUUAGAGCCGUUGGCCCGCUUCCACGAAAUCACACGACGAUGGUGACAGAAUUACGAGAAUGUGCUAUUGCUCUCAGGUGCACUCGUCUGCGGAAUGCAGCGCGCGGAGCUGAUAAGGCUUGAACACGCGCGCGGUCUUGUUCGCGCCGGCAAUCAAGGACCCGCGAUUCAUCUAUAAAUAAAUAUCCGUUUCUCUCGACCCGUGAGUGAAACGGUACGCACGUCAAACGGCGGCGUUCCGAUGUUGGAGCUCGGGGCAUGCCGGUGCUCUUGACACCGCUGAUGAACUCGGCCGGCUCUCGCCAGUGCCGGAAUGCGGUUCGACAAUAAAAGCGUUUGUCCCGCGAUACCAUUUCGAAAUUGUUAAUCUGCAAAUUUGCAGGAGAGAGCGUGCGGAUGGGAUGCUCGAGAGCGAACUGUCGAGAUAAAUUGAGGAAAAAAAAAUUGCGAUUUUUCUCGUAAAAAAAAUUGGACACGUGUGUGGACAUUCUCGCUGAAUUGCUUCUUUCCAUCGAGAUGUCGGCGUUGCUUAUGUUAGACUCAGAAAUUAAAUGCCAAACGCAAGACACUCGACAAUAAUACUAAUAAUAGUAAUAGUAGUGAAUCUUCUGGUAGGAAAUUCUGACAUUUAGAUUCAGCUACCCUCCUUUAAAAAGGGAGCAAUCUUCGGCGAUCGCCAUCACCUUUUCGAGUCUUGAAGCUUCUUUAUACAUAUAGCAAUUAAUAAAUUAAUAACUUGUAUUUGCCGAUAAUUAACGUGUAACAAUAGAUUUUAAUUAAUAUGUUCGAUAAUUGCGCCCGACGUCCGUCGACUUAUAUACACCGACUCAAUGAUUCACUGACUUGGCUUCGCGACAAGUAUGUUGUGUUCUGCCAGGGACAUGCUGCGGAUGUACAGCUUUGGCAGCUCUUCCAAUCUGUACGACGCCAUUGAUGCGGGCAAACAGAUAUAUGUCGUUUUAGAAUUGAUCGACGGCGGCGAGCUUUUUGAAAGAGUGAUAGACGACGAUUUCGUACUGACAGAGCGUAGCUGCGCCGUUUUCAUGCGGCAGAUUUGCGAGGGAAUAGAAUUCAUGCAUGGUCAGAAGAUCCUGCAUCUCGAUCUAAAACCGGAGAAUAUCUUGUGCCUGACGAAAGAAGGUAACAGAAUCAAAAUCAUUGAUUUUGGCCUGGCGAGGGAAUACGAUCCCAGUAAGAAACUACAAGUGUUGUUCGGUACGCCUGAGUUUGUUGCCCCGGAAGUCGUAAACUUCGAUCAAAUUGGAUUUGGUACCGACAUAUGGAGUAUAGGCGUUAUCUGUUACGUGUUAUUGUCCGGUUUGUCACCGUUCAUGGGCGAUACGGACAUAGAGACAAUGGCGAAUGUCACUAUCGCGAAGUAUGACUUUGAUCACGAGGCCUUCGCCGAGAUCUCGGAGGACGCGAAAGAUUUCAUAAGAUGCCUCCUGGUGAAAGACAAGGAAAAGCGAAUGACGGCGGCGCAGUGCCGGGAGCACCGGUGGCUGGCCCGAAAAGUCAAGCCCAAGAGCGAGAAGGACAUCGCGGGAUUGGCGGCGGCCAAACGGACAGCCUUCAUCGAGAAUCGUCCUGUCGUCGGUGAGGAGUUGGACGUGACCAAGGACAAUCUCAGGCUGUUCGUCGAGCGUUGGCGGGAACAUCCGGACAGCCCGUACACGAUCGACUCGUACACGUAUCACGCCUUGCCGAGAAAUCCGCUUCGCGAUCGCGACGAAUCCGUCUCCCUGAGGGCUCACAGUCCCUCUCCCUGCGACAGCCUUCGCAGCAGCAGCACGCAGUGCUCCGAGAGAGUGACUCCGAUGGAGUCCGCGGCGAGAGAUCACUCUAACAGCCACCUGCUGUCCGUGCCCAGUCUCAGUUUGUCCUUGGAAAGGAGAGCGUCCGAGGGCUACGCCGCCGCGCGAAACCGUCGCGAUCCUGCCAGCCAGAUCGCUCUGGCCGAGGAGAUUAUCAAACUCUCCGAGCACUUGCGCUCGAUCGCCGCGAUGGGCUCCACGAAUGGGCUGAACGAGGAUAAUAACGUAGGCGCGACGGAAGCGCAGCUUCGUUCCGCCAAGAGACCCGGCGAUAUCCCAAAUAAUCGCGAGAUCUUCUCGAAGAGCAAUAUUAAGGUGACCGCGUCUCACAUCGAUAAAGAGACCAACGAGAUCACGGAGAAACUCUCCAAUAUCGCUCGGCAGCGAAAGCUCAACGGGACGACCUUUCACAGUAGCCGUAGUUUCGACAGAUACAAUCUCGACACGAAUUUCGGUAACGUAUUCGUCGCCCUGAGGAGAACGAGCUUCGGCGACGGCGAUACGACCGAGAGUCGCAGGGAUUCUCGAAAGUACUCCCUCGGACGGACAACGAUCACCGAGGGAAUCGAGGAGAAGUUCAACGGCGAGAAAAUCGUCAAGAGAUCCUCCGUCGGCGCGGAGGAGAUGGACUUGACGCCCCCGUGGCGGCGGUCGCGGGUGAAACGGUCCUUCGGCGAGACCAGCAGGGACGUUCCACGGAUAUCGAAUUUGCGGGACCUGCACAAGAAUCUCAAUCUCGACGAGCCGAGCAGCGCCAAGGACCUGCUGUUGCAUCUGUUGGGCGAAUGGGAAGAGGUCACCGUAACGUCCUGCGGCACUGGAAGCAGCGGCGGAGUCGGCGCCGGCGCCGGCGCCGGCAGGAAGUCCGUAAGCCUGGACUGGUGCGCGGCCGACACGAUCGCCAGGAAGACGAUGAAUUCGUUGGCGGAGUACUUCCGGUCGAAGCAAAAGGAAGCGAAGCCGUCCAAAGUCGCAUCGUCCGCCGCCACGCCGCCGUCGAUAUGUCGUUGAAUACGAUACGCUCGUCCCGCGUUUCCAGGAUGCGCAUUUGCGAAUGAGUCGUCGCGAACGGAUCGGGAAAAAUACGCGACGUUAACGAUCUUUCUUUUUUCUUUCCAGUCGUAAACUUUAUUUCGGAACGGUUUGGCGUCCAAAAUGAGAUAAACGUCAAACACGUGGGGCAAUAUAAUGUACUUGACAGAUAAGUUGCAAAGAUUAAUAUAUGAAAUCUGUGAAACCUUGAUCUUUACAGUCGAGAAGCAAUUGAUUUUGUAAUCGUACGCUAAAAACAAUAUUUUUUUAUGUUUAAGUAAAUAUAUUUAUUUUUUCAUCAAUUUUCUUUGAUUAAAAAAUAUUCCUCAAGUUUAAAAAUAAAUUAUUUUAUACUAGCUAAUAUUUAUUUAAGUGAAGGAAACGAUUUUAAAAUGAAUAUAUUUACUUGAACGUAAAAAAAAACUUUUUUUCGGUGUACAAUCUCUCUCACCAUCCAUUUUAAUUAAUUCAUUUCUUGAGAGCGCGAUGAACAUGCGCGUUCUUAUUUCUUAUUAAAGGAAUUGAAUUUAAAUAGAGGAAUUUAAACUUUUAAAUGCGAGAGAAAAAAAAUGCAGAAAGAUUUUUUAAAUAUGUUUAUAAGAAUGAGUAAUAAAGAAUUAAUAACUUUUAGACGUCUUGAAGUCUGUUUAAGUUUAUCGGCGAUCGUCUGAAUUUCGGAUUCGCAUUUGUUUCUGCAGAUUUUUUUUUACAAUCGAAAACAAGACAGAAUUGUAAUUCUGUGACGUCUCCUAAAAUAAUCUAUACAUAAAACGUCACGAAAAUGUAAGAUCAUAGAAUCCUCUGUUAUUAAACUUGAAAUAGAUGCAAUUCUAACUGAUAUUCGUAUACGGAGAGUUAAAUAUGAAUAAUGGAGUUGGUGGCUUUACGUAAAUGAAAAUUGUGCGUGCGACAAAAAACUUAUGAAUUACUAAUAAAGUCUACGAUCAUACCUUACAUACUCUCUAAGCAAAAUUCUCGAGAGCUGUGUACCAUCGGCACACCCUCAAAUCAAUAUUUUUAUAAGUAUUAAUAAUAUACAACAUUAAUUUUUAUCAAGACGCCUACCAUUUUGAUUCAAUUUGAUCCCUUGCAAACUAAUAAAUUUAUCGUGACGCUUUUAACAAGAACGGCGCAAUAUUCGCGUUUCAAUUUCGAGAAAUCUUUCCCCACACAAACAAUUUUCAAGCUUUCCAGGAGAAACUUUUAUAUUUAAUAUAUGUAUACUGCUAUUAAAAUGGCAUUAUUCGAACAUA